UUGUAACCACCUGCAAGAGGGAUUUAGUUGAUUAUAAUAUCUGUUUAAAACAUGCAUUACAAGAAGCAUGGCCAAGAUUUGUGAAAGGACUUCCAGAAUUUGAUUUUCCACCUUUGGACCCAUUAGUUUACAAAAACGGAAAAAUUGAAAUUAAUUCUAAUGAAUUACGUAUAGUACAAAAUUUUUCAAAUCUCAUUGUUAUCGGUUUAUCACAGGCUCGAUUUUCUGAUGUUAGAACAUAUUUUUUUGAUGAUGUUUUCCGUUUUGAAAUGGACGGACAAGUACCUAUCUUAUUCAUAGAAGCUUACAUAAAAGUAAAUGGUACCAUAAAUAUAUUCAAAGUUAUUGAUGAAGGUCAUGCAAAUUUAACUCUGAAGGAUGCCAAAACAACAUGUAAUUUAACAGGACAUGUAGUAAACGAUACAUGGAUUGUGGAACAUUUUCGAAUUAGUCCGUCAUUUGGAGACUUUAAAAUUUAUGCCACGAGUAUUUUCGAAGAGAACAAAGCGUUUAGUAAGUAUUUAACUAAUUUAGAUAUAACUUAGUUUUUUACUACUUUUCCAA